AUGGUCAAGUUCAGGGGCAUUGAGAUCUGCGUCAUCUCACAGUUCGACAUCUGCAAGCUACCAGAGUUUCAGUAUGGCAAGCCUUCUCGACCGAAGGAUCCUUUCCAACUCAACACCCAGCAUGACGACACGCCCUCCUCGCCCUAUCCGACCGCAGCUUGUUUUGUGCCAAUCUAUCCCGGCAGCCAGAUUUGGUUCGAAUACACCAUCGACGGUCCCCAUCCUCCCGAAGCCGCCUGGUUCUUCAAGCUGUUCAUAAAUGGGAAGGUCGUCACUUCGUGGGAUUGCACUGCAAAGCAUGGCUUCCAUGGCAAAAUGAUGUAUAAUUUGGUCAGCGAAGGCGUGGAUCCAGACACGGGUCAGGCCAUAGUCAAAACACAGGCGCUGAGGUUUGGAGAUGGGCUGGAGGACCGCGAAAGAGGCGGGGGAGAUGAGGAUAUGAUCCAAAUCAAUGUUCAUCGAAUCGAACACAAGAGACGGAUUCGAGACCUUGAACCAGGCCUGGGACAGGUGAACAGUGUCAGUGAUAACGCUGAUGGGUUGCAGUUAGUUGACAAACAGUGGCUUCCUUGA